AUGAGUGUAAUGAGUUUUGCACAAAUGUUUAUCAAUGCUAUUGUGUUUUAUAGGAAGUAUAUCCACCCCCGGAAAUACAGGGAUGGCUACGGCAAGAUUACGACUUACUCCAGCUUGUUGUCUGUAAAAGAACUACGUAAAACGUUGGCAGAUCAUGAGAAAGCCAUAUUCCGCACGACUGCAAUUGGGCAUCUUAUUGACAUGCCGGAAGAACAAUCGUGGCCUGGUGCGUUAGUGAAUUACUUAUUGUCUAGGGAGGUUGCCUACCCUGCUGAUCCCGGAGGAAAGGCCGAAGAAAAAGUCGUAGACACAUGGUUCAGGGUUUGUGACGAGGAAUUUGGCUUCGGGAAGGUUUCUGACAAGAAAUCUGGCUCUAUAAAGAUUUGCGACAACCCUUUUGACAAAGAUCUCUGCUUUGGGAAGCUCGAGUUUACUUUGAUUUCUGGUCUUAGUUUUAGGAAGCCAGAUCAAGCCUUUAUCUGUCCAGCGGGACCAUCUACCCUUAAGACAAGGUAUUUUUCCACCAUUGACAGCGUAAAAGGUUCUCAUCUGAGAGCUUUUAUUUUUGGCAAAGAGGUUGAAUCUAGUUCAAAAAAGAAAGAACCUAAAAACACAAAGUUAUACUUGAAAGUUUGGGCCCUUGAAAUUUUCCCGGGACUGCUUCAGAAGUUUGGAGAAAGAAAAGAUAGUAUAGGGUGGCAGCCACAUAUACUUACUGUGUUAUGCAAAGAGCUUGUCCACAACCAAAGCAUCGUUAAAACGUUGAAUUCGGUACCAGCUAUCCGUGAAAGCAUUACGACGCAUACAUAUGAUUCUUUGGAAGAAAUGCUUGAGGAAGGUUUAGGUCCCCUCAAUAAUAUCAUAUCGGAUUUAAAGGAAGAUAAGUUUGUUGUAGAAAAGGCCAACGAGGAUUCGGUGACGAAAUCUUCUUCACCACAAAAGCAACCUGGUGUUUCAUGCUUUCCAACUGCAGGUGUUGAUGACCAGGUUCCAAAGUCGAAUCCCAAGGAUAGUAGUAACAAAAAUGCACCUUAUAGGGCACGAUUUGAUGCUGAUUGUUUGCCAGAGGUAGUCAAACUUUUGGCUGACAUCGUUCAGACGCAGAGGGAGACAGCUGAUAUCUCAAAAAAACUGAUGGAUAAGGUCGAUGACCUGAUUGAAUCGCAGAAGACAGUGAUGGCGAAGAUUACCUUAUUGGAGAAUGAUUUUGCGUGCUUAAAGCAAAGAAAUGAUGAGGAACCUCCAUUCAGGGGUGAUUACCAUGAUGAGGAAAUGUCUCACCGUAGUGUGAGUCGCAGCCUGUGCGCAGACAUAGAAUUUAGUAAAGAAGAUGUGGUAUUUCAUACUCCUUCAAGGUGCAGGAAUUUCAUACUUGAUGAUAAUGAUAUGGGAGGGGAAAACGAUAAAGAAGGAACAAAACAACAUAGUGCUGAUGUUGCAUCCGACAACUCCAAUGAUGAUGAUGACGUACAAAUAAUUCCUAAAGCGGCCAAGGUUAAGAGGGAAAUAAUCCCUUCCAGAUUUAGAAGGCCUCCAUAUACAAAUGCUGGUCGUAACCCAAAGAAGCCUCGAAAAAAGGUGGAAAGCAAGGACUAUGUUAUCAGAAAUAAUAUGAAAACUCAGAUAACUGACUGGCAAAACGAAGAAGAUAUAAAUGAUCUAUUCUGUUUCUUGGACCAAAGUAAAAUACAUGGAUAAACGUCUGCACAGUGGGUUUUUCAUUGACUUACUUCCAAUUAUGACAAGCAAAUGCGUUCUCAUUCACUACAAUGCUGAAUGGGUGGAAAAAGAAGGGAAUGAUACUUAUGACGGUUGUUUACAACCUGUGUGUUUACCGGACAACUACACUGUUGAAGAUGUCAUGAAUAAGGCAGAGGGUGCUUUGGGAUUCAUACAUGGACCUGCUUUUCAUGUCUACGGAUUGCUGUUUGUGCCGGCAACCGGACUAAGGAAACGCUCAAUGAUAACUAGUGAAGAAACUUUCAAGACAUAUGUCUCUAUUUCCGAAACAUCUGGAGCGACAAGCUUUUUCACUAUCAAAUCCUGAGAAGAAGUAAAAGAAAAUCUUUCUCCCCUAACUCCUAGAACAGCUGAUGGAGGUAGCAGCAUAGUAAAAAGACAGACUCCAUUAACCCCGCUCAGCAAUCCUAAAUCCAAAAGGACUAGUAAUCCAAAGGCAAGAAGACGUCUAGAGCCAGUAAUGACUCCACCGGCCAAUAAAAUGCGACGCCUUCAUGAUUCUCCAUCGACUGCUGCACCACUAGCUGCUACGGAGGCUCCUGAACCCUUGAGGGUAAUGAACUACGAUGAACUAGUUGUUGGUAACACUUUCAAAACCAAGUAUAAUCUGAGACUUGUACUAGCAAUAGCCAAGAUAAAAAGAAACUUUGAGUACAAGGUUGAGAAAUCCGACAACAAAUAUUUCAUUGCCAAAUGUGCAGACUCGACAUGCAAGUGGAGAUUAUGGGCAGUUGUCUUAGAUUCUUUUAGUUGGUGGAAAAUUACACGCAUGAAUGAUGAGCACACCUGUAUUGAGAACAAAAGGACUGACCCCAACUUAAGAACCAAGGCGGUUGCAGAUGGAAUCGCACAUCUUUUUAAGCAUAAAUUCAACCAAUGUGAUAGUGUGUAUACACCCCAACAACUGAUCAAAGACAUUAAAACAAAUUACGGUGUGGUUAUCAAUUACCGGCAGGCAUAUAGUGGUUGUAAGCGCGGCAUAGAGCUGAUAAGGGGUUCCCCUGAUGAAUCAUAUCAGUACCUGGUGAAUUAUAGUUACAUGUUGCAACUUAACGAGGGAACUGUUACAGAAAUUAAAACUGAUGAAAAUGAUCACUUUCUAUAUUACUUCUUUGCUUUUGGAGUAAGUUCGCGAGGAUUCAAAGGUUGUUGCAGACCUGCCUUUUCUGUUGAUGCUAAUGAACAAUACCCUUUGGCGUUUGGUAUUGUCGAUUAAGAGAAUAAUGAUUCAUGGGAGUGGUUUUUGAGAAAGUUAUGCGAUGCACUUGGCCCAAAAGAUUAUACUAUAAAUGAAGAUCUUGUGAUUGCUUCAGACAGGAAAGAGUCGAUCCCUAGAGGCAUACUGUUGGCGUUUCCAGAUGCUAAUCAUGUUUUCUGCAUCCACCAUAUAUCAGAAAAUAUCAAAAAAAGAUACCACAACAACGGGGCGGCUGUGGCAUUUAUAAGAGCUGCCAAAGCAUUCAACAAUGAUGACUAUGAAAAGGCUAUGAGAGACCUAGGUCUAGCGAGCAAGGCUGCUUUACAGUAUGUACGCAACAUUGGACCAGAAAAGUGGGCUAGGGUGCAUGCUACAACUGCUCGUUUUACUCUUAUGACUACGAAUACAUGCGAGACUUUCAAUUCAGUAAUCAAAGACGUUAAAGGUCUGCCCAUAUGCCAUUUGGUGGAUUAUAUCCGAAGUUGGCUCAUGAAAUGGUUUAACAAACACCGAGAAGAAGCUCUUUACUGGCCACUUUACUUGACUAGACAUGCCCAUGCAAUAAUUCAAGAUCGGUGGCAUCUUGCUAACAAAUUUGUAGCUACCCAUGUCCGUGGAGAGCAAUACGAAGUGGAGGAGGGGGAGAAUCUGGAUCAACACUCAGUCUAUAUAGAGCAAAAGUCUUGCACCUGUAAAGUGUUGAACUAUCAACAUUUGCCCUGUGCACACAUCCUUGCAGUGUGCCAGACAUAUAUGAUGAAGACAAAUGAUUUUUGUGGGGCUCACUACACGACUGCUGCAUGGAGAGCAAUGUAUGAACAGCCUAUCUUCCCGGUGCUGAGCUCAGAUACUUGGAAUGUCCCACAGGUGGUGGCGGAGGAGUAGUACUUCCUCCCAAUACAACAUUGGACCUUGGUCGCAGGAGCAUCAGCCGAUAUCGGUCUGCCUAUGAAAAACGCGCCAACCCGAAAAAGAAAAGAGCGUGUUCAAGGUGUCACGAGGUGGGGCAUUACGCUAACGGCGGUCAUUGCCCCAAGGCUUAGUAUUGAUAAAUUUGAUUGCAGACUUUGCUUUCAUACGAGUACUUGUUUAAUAUUUUUUUUAGUUCAUGUUUAAUUGUUACAAGAAUUUUAUUUUCUUUAGUUUUCAAUGAGACCUUUUUUUUUGGGAAGUAUAUUAAAGAGUUCACUCUGUUAUAUAUAUCAAUUGGAGUUGCGCUUAGCUUUAGCCAUCACUCCGUGUAACAGAUUGUGCAUGUAAUCUUUGGUACAAGGAGGAUAUCAUCAGGACAUGUCAAAGUCCUGUGUAUAACAUCGGCAGUU